UUGAGGUCUGGCCGGGGAACUAGCAGCAUCAGGGCGGCUGGAGGAGCGGAGGGUUAGCGGUCUCUGCUCCAUGGGACUGGGUUAGCAUUAGUCCGGUUGGUUCUGAGGUUCCUUGUGUGGCCCUUUGCCUGGGCUCCUAUUACCCAGGGUAGCGCUCCCAGGUUCCUCACCAGAUGAUCUCCUUGUGAACAGAAGUAACCACAGACUCCUGCGUCUGAGCACGGAUGUAAUCUCAGGCUACCUGACCCCGGACUACCUAUCCCAGCCUGCCCUUCUUCUGCGUCUGGAUAUCUAAGGACAGAUUUACCUACCGGUGACUUACAGCAGAAGGUCCCCUACUCGGUGCUUCUCUCCCGGCUCUAGCCUGGGCAUCUGUAUGUGAGCCUGGGCAUCUGUAUGUGAGCUGGGCACCUGAUCCUGGGCAUUUGUAUGUGAGCCUGGCACCCCACCUGAUCCUGGGCAUCUGUAUGUGAGCUUGGCACCCCACCUGGUCCUGGGCACCUGAUCCUGGGCAUCUGUAUGUGAGCUGGGCACCUGAUCCUGGGCAUUUGUAUGUGAGCCUGGCACCCCACCUGAUCCUGGGCAUCUGUAUGUGAGCUUGGCACCCCACCUGAUCCUGGGCAUCUGUAUGUGAGCUUGGCACCCCACCUGAUCCUGGGCAUCUGUAUGUGAGCUUGGCACCCCACCUGAUCCUGGGCAUCUGUAUGUGAGCCUGGCACCCCACCUGAUCCUGGGCAUCUGUAUGUGAGCUUGGCACCCCUCCUGGGCAUCUGUAUGCUAUGCUGGCACCCCUGUUGCUCUGAGAAUCUGUAGAUGAGCCUGGCACUCGUCCUGGGCAUCUAUAUGAGAGCCUGGCACUCGCCCUGGGCAUCUAUAUGAGAGCCUGGCACUCGCCCUGGGCAUCUAUAUGAGAGCCUGGCACUCGCCCUGGGCAUCUAUAUGAGAGCCUGGCACUCGCCCUGGGCAUCUAUAUGAGAGCCUGGCACUCGCCCUGGGCAUCUAUAUGAGAGCCUGGCACUCGCCCUGGGCAUCUAUAUGAGAGCCUGGCACACGUCCUGGGCAGAAUGAAGCCGAGCACCGCAGCCCCAGAGCAGGAGGGCUCUCCCCGCCGUGAGUCUGACUGUGAGCGCCAGAGGACCCGAGAGCGGCUGGAAGCUACACUAGCCGGGCUGGGGGAGCUGGGCUACCUGAGGGCCCGGCAGGAGCUGCUGGUUAGGGCGGCUCUGAACCCCCGGACACUGGGCGACCCCCCGAACCGUGGUGAGAGCCCGCGGAGCCUGGAGGAGAAGUUCCUGGAGGAGAAUAUACUGCUCCUGAAAAAGCAGCUGAAUUGCUUGAGGAAACGAGAUGCUGGGUUAUUAAGCCAGCUACACGAACUGGACAAACAGAUUAAUGAUCUUAAAAUAGAGGGUGAAAAAUCAAUUGAAGAGAACCCUGAAAACGAUAGUCGCCCCAGCUCAGGGUUUUAUGAGCUGAGCGAUGGCACCUCCGGAUCGCUUUCCAAUUCCUCCAACUCUGUUUUUAGUGAAUGUUUAUCCAGCUGCCAUUCAGGCACCUGCUUCUGCAGCCCACUCGAAGCCUCAUUACAUAUCACAGAUGGUCAGCCCAAGUCUGCAGAUGAGUUCCUGGAAUGGUUGGACUGCAGAGAUGGUCAGUGUGACGUCCAGUCAACAGGCACUGUACGCCGUUCAUUUUCAGCUCCUCAUCCCAAUUCUUCUGAGGUUGUUGCAGAUGUUCACCCAAAGUAUCAGUGUGAUUUGGUGUCUAAAAAUGGGAAUGACAUUUACCGCUACCCUAGCCCCCUUCAUGCUGUGGCAGUGCAGAGCCCAAUGUUCCUCUUGUCUAUGAUGGGAAAUGUGAAGGGGGAGGCUGAACUUGGCUCCAACAUUAAUGAUGUCUGCAUAGGAACUGCAGUAGACACAUUAAAAAGUGAAGACUGCUUGCAUCAGCAGGAAGGUCUUGUUUCUAUACCUUUUUCUUCUAGUAAAAAGUUGGAUAGCUACAUUUUAUGUGUAAUUCAGAAAAAAGCACUUCCUGUAAGGACUAACAAGCCCAGGACCAGUGUAAACGCAGACCCAGCCAAGGGUAUUUUACGACAUGGGAGCAUGUGUGUCAAACAGACUGGUGGGGCUCCUCCUCAUAGCAGCAGUAACGCUAAUUUGAAGAAUUCUAAACAGACAUGUUUACAUUCCACUGGAAUAAACCCUUUGGAUAAUAGCACUUACUCUUCUCUAAAACAGUGCUCUAAAGAGACUCAAAGUGAACAGCUGGAAACUAAAAAGAUGCCAUCAGUCCCAAACUACCCACCAAAUAAUAUUAAUGAACUUCAAAGCCAAAACAAUUUACGAAAUAAUGUCAAGUCUGUUGCUCAGUGUCUGGGAAGAGGUCUUGGAACUGUGACCUCAAAUGUUCAAAAGGAACUGAACACUCUUCAUAAUGCACCCACUAAUCUUUCUAAUGCAUCAAAUGCUCUUUGCAACAGCUCCUCUAAGGACACUUCAAACAAUGUUCCUCUCCAUCAGGAGGUCAAAAUCAUGCCACAACCAAAGAGGAUUUCCCCAAAGAACACCAUUAAUUCUUAUCAAGCGUCUUCUUCCCUUGAUGAGAGACCAUCUUUGGACUUUAAGAGUGAAGGCUCCUCAUCUCAGAGCCUUGAUGAAGGACUUUUGGUGAAUGCUCAUUAUAUACCAGCUCAGCAACAUGGUGUUAAACUCCACAAGGCCACAAAAAAUGUUAGGAUAAUGAAGAGCUCUACUUUAAAACAGAAAGCUAAUGCUCAGCAUGUUGUAGAAAGUGGUUGCCAGACAUUAAAGGAGAAAGGAAAAGUAAGUGGUAAAAAGUGUAGAUUUCCUGAUGACUUGGACACAAACAAAAAAGUUAAAAAGGUUAUUUCUAGAGUGAAGAAAGUAAGUUAUUCUCCAGUAGAGAAUGGUGGUAUAGGAAAGAGCCCCAGUACAGCUAAGGCAGGAAAUAAGUCUCAUGGACAUGCAAAGGAUGUGGUUUUGGCAAAACCGAAGCACAAGAGAGGUGAUUAUCGCAGAUGGAAGUCCUCGGCUGAGAUUUCUUAUGAAGAGGCACUUAGGAGAGCGAGGAGGCGACACCAGAGAGAAAUGAUGGGUUUGCAUGCAAAUGCUCCCCUUCCUUACACUAGUCCAUACACCUACAUUGCUAGCGAUUCUGAGUAUUCAGCCGAGUGUGAGUCUUUGUUUCACUCUACAGUGGUGGAUACCAGUGAGGAUGAACAAAGUAACUAUACAACCAACUGUUUUGGGGACAGUGAGUCAAGUCUGAGUGAGGUGGAAUUUGUUGGAGAAAGUACGUCUUCCAGUGAUUCUGAUGAAAGUGGGGGGCUGAUUUGGUCUCAGUUUGUGAAUACUCUCCCUAUGCAAACAGCCACUGCUGCAGAACUUAAAACAGCCAAGGCGUUUGUGAAAAUUAAGGCCUCUCACAACCUCAAGAAGAAAAUUCUUCGCUUUAGGUCUGGAUCUUUAAAACUGAUGACAACUGUCUGAUCCUUGGCCAUCAGACUUCAACCCCCCGUAAAUAAUUUGAUAGUCUUUGUACAAAUAUUUAAAGCCUACAGUAAGUUAUGACUCUUUAAACUAGUGAACAUUUACAAUUUCCUACAGGGUUGAGAGUUGAUAGACAACUUGGACAUUUGUCCGGAUUACAUUUUAAGAUGCCCCCUUCAUGAUUAAAAAUUGAUACAAUUAGGGCAGUUUUUUUUCCCUCUCCUUUUGGUUCCAGAACUUCCACUUCUUCUUCCUUUUUUUUUUUUUUUUUUUUUUUUUUUAAAACAUUCCAUCUGAAUCUGCACCUUUUUUUUAUUCAGAAGGAAUUUAAACUAAGACCAUGUGUGUUCUGUUUCCAUCCGCAUAUAUCACAAAAAAAAUUUGUUAUGGUUGGUUCUUGCACUUUUUGACUCUCUUGUAAAUUCAGACUUUGAAUAUAAAGACAGGACCACUUCCUUCAACCAUAUGCAUGAUCUGUGCAUGAAUCUGGUUCCUAUACAGCUCAUUAAUUCUAUAAUUACUUGUAUUUUAUAUAUUUUGUACAUUUUAUAUAUAGCACAUUUUACAUUGUAAUAAACUCUAAGCUAAUGCUGUUUAAAUGUAUUAAAUUGUAAAGUAACACUAAGCUUGUCUUGUUUGUGUUCAGACACAAAUGAUGUAGGAAUUAAAUUGCGCCUUGGUGAAGAGGCUAAUCAUUAAA